UCUCUGUUGCCAUAGCUCCCUCUCCCUCUCUCUCACUCUACUUUCUCUCUCUUUUGUAACUUCUCUCAUCCCAUUGUGCUUGCGAUUUUGUUCACUUUCUCUUGUUCUUUUUAUUUGAUUUUUUUAAUUAAAAGAGAGACUUUGUUUUCUUUUGAUUAUCCUCGUCCCUUGUCCAAGAGAAAAGCAAAGUCUUCUCUUUCACACCUUCAAAUUGUAGACCCAUAGAAUGAAUUAGGGUUUCGCUGCUCAGUCUGAUCCUCCGAGCUCACUCUGGCUCUGCUUCAAAACCCUCUGAGGAAUCGAAAAGUCUGGAGUUGUGAACACUGAUUUUCUGGGUAUUUGCUCUGUUUUGGUUUGGCUUCAGUUGGGUGGUUUUAACAUGGAGGGUGUUGAAGAAGCUAACAAAGCAGCUGUUGACAGCUGCCAUAGAGUUCUGAGCCUCUUAUGUCAAUCUCAAGAUCAGGUUCAGUACAAAAACUUAAUGGUGGAGACAGGGGAGGCUGUGUUCAAGUUCCAGAGGGUCGUGUCUCUUCUGAGUAAUGGUCUUGGUCAUGGAAGAGUGAGAAAGUUGAAAAAGUUCAGCUCAUCCUUGCCCCAAAACAUUUUCCUUGAAAACCCAAAUCAUAAAACCAAUCCUUCACCACUAACCCUCCAAUUACUCCCAACUAAUAACCCUAAAAAUCCAAUUCUUGAAAUGGAUUCAAAGCCUAAAAGUACUACUAUGCAACUCAGCCAGAAAAUGUUUCUCGAAAACCCGACAUUAGAUGUCCCUUCAUCAGUCAAGCCUCCUCUGCAAAUUGUCCAGCAAAAGCCAUCACAGCACCACCAAUUCCUUCAACAGCAGCUUCAUAAUCAGCAGCAGAUGCAGAAGUUGCAGCUUCAUCAGCAGCAGCAGCAGCAGAUGAAAUAUCAAGCUGAUAUGAUUUAUUCUACUAGUAACAACAGUGGCAUAAAUCUCAAAUUUGAUGUCUCUAGUUGCACCCCAACCAUGUCAUCCAACAGAUCAUUCAUGUCGUCUCUAAGCAUCGAUGGCAGCGUGGCGAAUUUAGGUGCAAACUCCUUCCAUUUGAUCGGCGUGCCUCAAACGUCCGACCAGAAUUUGCAGCAGCCUCGGAGGAGGUGCAGUGAUAGGGGAGAAAAUGGGAGUGUGAAAUGUGGCACCAGUGGUAAAUGUCACUGUUCGAAGAAGAGGAAAUUGAGGGUGAAGAGAUCUAUAAAGGUGCCUGCCAUCAGUAACAAGGUUGCAGAUAUUCCUCCCGAUGAGUAUUCUUGGAGGAAGUAUGGACAGAAGCCAAUUAAGGGAUCGCCGCAUCCUAGGGGUUACUAUAAAUGUAGCAGCAUGAGAGGUUGCCCAGCGAGGAAGCACGUUGAGAGGUGCUUGGAAGACCCUUCGAUGCUUAUUGUCACUUACGAAGGUGAGCAUAACCAUUCCCGGUUACUGACAACACAAUCUGCUCAUGCUUAAGAACUUCAAGGAAUUCUACAUCGGAUGUGGUUUCAAGAAUCCAGCUUUGCUUGUUUUGAUACAAUGAAACCGUUGAUGUUCAGUUGUGAAUUGCUCCUGUAUAUAGUAUAUGGUUCAAAAUUGAAGACUGCCAUUGAUGGAGCUGAUAUGUGGUAAAGUAGAUAGGUUUUUUGCCGUUCUUUUUGCGUUUUGGAUCAGGUGCCUUUGAGUUAGAGAAUCAGGCUAAAUGAAUAGGUUUAAAGUUGUAAACUCUCUCUUCCCGGAAAAACAAAGUUAUGCUCCUUUUUUUUUUUUUUUUUUUUUUUGGUGGAUGCAAAAUCAUUAGUCAGCAUAAUUUGUAAAAUGUUAAGCUCUAGUUUGGUUGCAGGCAUUGGAUCUGGAGCACUGCUUUUAGCUUAGGUUGUGUCUUCACUGCUAAGAAAGUUUUAAGCAACCGAUGUCAAGUUUAUGUCCUGUUUUACUCUUCUGGUAAUGGAAAUGGAGGAACUUUCUUAUUUGAUUA